AUGGGUUCCAUCCCUGAUCCGGAUCCCUCCUGGAACUACCUCUUUGGCUUCCACCCUCACGGGGUUCUGGUCAGUGGGGCCUGCAGCAACUUCUGCACAGAGGCCACUGGCUUCUCCCACCUCUUCCCUCACCUCCAGCCCCACCUGCUCACGCUGCCCUGUUGGUUCCAGCUCCCUGUCUUCUGGGACUACAUCAUGUGUGCUGGAUCUGUGUCCUGGGACAAGGCCAGCGCCUCCUAUCUCUUGUCCCGGCCCCGGGGGGCCUCCUGGGAGUGGGAGGGGCCCCUGGAGGCGGGGGAGGCAAAGCCCGGAGCGCUGAGCUUUCGAAUCCGGAAUCAGAAGAGAUUUGUCAAGUUGGCGCUGGAAGAGGGCAGCGCUGCCGGGGAGGAGCGCAGCGCGCCCCGGGCGGGGUCCGGAGUCAGUUGCCCCCCUGCUCCCCCAGGACCUCCCUGGCUGCCUUCGGCAACCGCGCCAGCCCUGAACUCUGUCCCAGUUAAUCGCGGCGAGCGAGAAGUGGGGGCCCCGAUGCCGGCGCAGCGAACCCCGCGGCCCAGCCGGGCGCAGGUGGACGCGCAGCACGAGGUCUACUUGGAGCGGCUCAAGCAGCUGUUGAAAGAGCACAAGGCGCGCUCUGGCGUCCCCGCCGACGGGCUCCUCCCCCCACCUAGACGCGCCGCCGGCCCCCACCGGUGCCCUCGGUGA